CUCUCUGCUCUGAGGCACAUUUAACUGUGAAGUUUGCAGCGGGAGAGGCUUUCCUUCAAGCUGUUAGUGUUUUAUCCUGGCAGGCUCCUCGAGGUUGUUGUGAGGAGUCUAGCCAGUUGGUGAGCUUUGUAAUCUAAACCAGCUGUCCCAGGCUGAGGCCCCCAUUUGCAUUGUUUAACAUACUUAGAAAAUGAAGUGUUCAUUUUUAACAUUCCUCCUCCAAUUGGUUUAAUGCUGAAUUACAGAAGAGAACUAAGCAAAACCAGGUGCUUUCUCUGUAUUCUCUCCAGUGUCUGAGGAGGUACAGACGGCUCCUGAUCUUCUCCAUUACUUGCCAUUUCAUUCUUUGGACUAUAAAUGACAGAGGAACUGAAGUGCUAGCAGAGGGUAAUGUUUGGAAAACUUUCUAGUUAUUCAUCAGCACAGACUCUGGGUUUUUUCCACCUUUCCCCAUCGGUUUUGGACAUGCAAGGAUUAAGAAGGAUACUGACUGCUUUCACACUGGCUGUCUGCCUUUCAAGCCCUGGAAAAGCACAGCAGCAAUGCACUAAUGGGUUUGACUUGGACCGUACUUCUGGGCAAUGCUUAGAUAUUGAUGAAUGUCGGACUAUUCCUGAGGCCUGCAGAGGAGACAUGGUGUGUGUCAACCAGAAUGGUGGCUAUUUAUGUGUCCCCCGAACAAACCCAGUGUAUCGAUCUCCAUAUCUGAGUCCUUAUUCCAAUGUUUAUCCACCGCCCCCAGCACCAGGCCCUGUUCCUAACUACCCUACUGUUACAAGACCUCUGAUUUGCAGAUUUGGUUUCCAGUUGGAUGAAAACAAUCAGUGUGCUGAUAUAGAUGAAUGCGCUUCAGAUUCUCAUCAGUGUAACCCCACCCAGAUCUGCAUAAAUACUGAGGGGGGCUAUACCUGUUCCUGCACUGAAGGCUACUGGCUGUUAGAAGGCCAGUGUUUAGAUAUAGAUGAAUGUCGCUAUGGCUACUGCCAGCAGCUGUGUGCCAACGUGCCUGGGUCCUACUCCUGUACGUGCAACCCUGGCUUUACCCUUAAUGACGACGGGAGAUCGUGCCAAGAUGUGAAUGAAUGUACAAGUGAAAACCCUUGCACUCAGACCUGCGUCAACACCUAUGGCUCUUUUCUCUGCCGCUGUGAACCUGGCUAUGAACUGGAAGCUGAUGGAGUUAACUGCAGUGACAUGGACGAAUGCAGCUUCUCAGAGUUCCUCUGCCAGCACGAGUGUGUGAAUGGGCCUGGUUCUUACUACUGCACCUGUCCUUCAGGAUAUAACUUGCUUGACGACAGUAGAAGCUGCCAAGAUAUCAAUGAAUGUGAAAUAAGAAACUUCACCUGCACUUCACAGCAAACAUGUUUCAACAUCCCAGGAGAAUAUAAAUGUUUAGACCCAGUACGAUGCGAGGAGCCUUAUCUCCAGAUAAAUGAGAACCGCUGCAUGUGUCCAGCUGAAAACCCUGGGUGCAGAGAUCAGCCGUUCACCAUCCUGUACAGAGUGAUGGAUAUGGUGUCUGGGAGGUCUGUGCCUUCAGACAUUUUUCAGAUGCAAGCAACAACUCGCUACCCUGGAGCCUAUUACAUCUUCCAAAUCAAAUCAGGGAACGAGGGCAGGGAAUUCUACAUGCGGCAAACAGGACCAAUCAGUGCUACUCUGGUGAUGACCCGCCCCGUGAAGGGGCCCCGUACCAUUGAGUUGGACUUGGAAAUGAUCACUGUUAACACUGUCAUCAACUUCAGAGGAAGCUCUGUCAUCCGGCUGAGGAUAUUCGUAUCACAGUACUCCUUCUAAACCUCCACUUUGUGCCUUGGAAACAUUCAGCCAAAAGAGACAGUUCCUCCUCUGCAGAACUCUCUCCUCAAAAGCCAGUACCUAUAGCAGCUCCAGACCAAAUCAUUAUUUCCACAGACCCGGUGACCUGUGCUUGUCCGAGCAGGGAGGCCUCUUCAUGCACAGUUCUGACCAGGAUGCAAACACCUGAAGAUCCUAUAUGAUUCUCUGUGUGGUCAUGUAUUUUAAGGACUCUUCUCACUGUAAACACUUCUAGGGCAUGAGUCUAUGUGAAAGACUGUGAACCUUUGUAGCUCCAAGGCUGCUUAGCAGAAAACACCAAAAAAACUGAGGAAAAAGCUGGCUUUUGCAAUCUUGCCUUUUAAAUUUUUUUUCACUAUAAAUGAAAAGCAGACAAACAAGCAGAAACAGAAAAAAACCCCACCUAUUGAAACAAGGGACCUCAGAAGUCCUAAUUUGCAUUCCAAAUUAUCUCUGGAAUUAUCAAUCAGGCACUUUGUUUCAAUUCACCCUGCAUUUGUCUUAGUUUCAACUGGUUUUUUCGUUCUAUUUUAUAGUUAAAAUUAAUUGUAAAUUCAUUCCAAAAAUCAUGUUGUACUAUGUAAUCUUUUGCUUUCUGAUGAAGUGUCACAUGUUUGGGUUCCUCUCUGUAUUAAAUCUUUCUAUAUAACAGAGUUCAUAGAAAUCUAUCACUGGAUGGUGUGUUUUACAACAUUUAGGAUUUCAUGCUUAUUUACACUCAAGAUCUUUGACACAGGCCUCCACUGCCAGAAUAGCAUCCAGCAUAAGUAGGGACUUUAGAGCAGAUAAGAAUCAGAAUCUUAUUUUUCCCUGUUUUCCAGAGUGUGAUAGUAGCAAACAAUUUGCAAUGGCCACAAGGUAAUAAUACUAACCCUGUAGUUAUGACUGCAAAUCAUCUCCUGUUCCAAGACUGCUUAGGUCAGACCUGCCCAAAUUCCUUCAGAAAAUAUGAAUUGCUUUUUUCACUUGCAAUCUCUCUCCUACAUUUCUAACAUGGGGGGAAGUAGCUGAAAAGGACUAGGAUCAGUCUUAUUCAUGCUUCUACCACAGACCAGACUAUACCAGUACCCAGUCUCAAACAAGGGGAUCCCACAGUUUCCAUGGGCAUUAUCUUCUCAGGUAUAACUGCUGUAACCAACAGAAAGUUUCUUCUAAAGUCUAAUCUGAAUCUCCAUUGUAAUCUGUUGAGUUUUAGCCUACUUCCAGUAGAAAUUGAGAGCAGUUUAUUUCCCAUUGCAGCAACCUAACGUGUCUGAAGACUGUUGUCAUGUCUCCCCUCAGACUGUUCUUCUCUAGUCUAAACAAACUCCAUUCUUUUGGUCUUUCCUCAUACAUCACAUUUUCUGGACCUUUGAUCAUUCUCGUUGCUCUCAUCUGGAUGCUCUCCAGUUGGUUCACAUCUUUUUUGAAGCGCAGUGCCCAAAACUGUGAAAAGUAUUCCAGCUGAGACCUCUCAGUGCUAAGCUAAAUCUAUAUAUAUGUUGAAUAGUUUGAAAAAAAUUUUAAAUUGUAUAGUUGGAAGAUGUAAUGUGUGUUGAAGCCACUGGCACUUUGGUCCUUUACUUUAAUAGAGAUGAGGGUUUAAUAUGCCUUGUUCUUAAAUUUGUCUGAAACAAGCUCUUUUGCUUUGGUUUUUCCUUACUGGCUUCUUGGCUCUCUAGCAUUGCUAGAACAGGAAGGAUAAACUUUGCUUUGUCUUUUGAGAACUGGAAGUGCUCAGUGCUGCUUGGGAGAAGGAGUUUACAAAGAUUAUAACGUGAACAACUAGGAGCAGAGUAGCAAUGUGACGCCUUCAUUAAAGUGGAGUAUUAAAUGGGAGAAUACAGACCUGGAAAGUUAUUGCAACACAGAGCACAUGACACAAUGAGAAAACUGACUCUUAUUCCUAGUAAGCUUUGUGAAUUGGUAGACUCUGCUCUUUUUCCUUGUACUCAGCUUGAAGGAAGCCCUGAUGCUUUCAGCAAUGAAACAUUGAAUUUAGCAGCUUCCGUUUCUUAAUGGUUUAAAGGUUUUCUCUCUGCUGCUACAUCUCAGGAUGCUGUGCCUCAGAGCUCUGUCUUUUAUUGUAAAAACAAAAAGGCUGGAGACUGACUCCAGGGUUUAGUGAGCCAAGCUGAAGGCAGAAAGCCAACAAGUUUUAUGAGCAGUCAACUUGGAGGAGAUAAAUGCAGAGAAAAUGGGCAGAGAAAUAUCAGAAACAAGAAUUUGUUUCCCGAGUGUAUCAUGGCUCAUCAAGUACCACAGUCUUGGAGGGAAAAAUAGAGAUGAUCAGGAAGGAAGAAUGAUAAUUUAUAAUCAUGGGACUAAAAGUGCUCCUAUUCCAGAUGAUGAAAAUAAAACAUGGGAAACAUGCAGGCAAGGGUGGACCAGAGAGCAGUCGAGGAGCAGGCAGGGUCUUGCACUGAAGAUGUCCAAGCCUUAAAAUGCUGACAGCCUUCCCAGUGCUUAAAAUCCCCUCUUCCCCUCUUUUUGUGCCCCUAUGCUAUGGCUUUUUUAUGCCCAGUUGAGGAGUCCUUUCUUCCUGCCACCACAUCACCUCCUGGAGUGAAGUACACCCUGCUAGACAUCAGACAGUUUGUCACUUCUGGCCUGUGCUCCCAUGGCCCCCACAUGCCAACCUGAUUUAACCCUAAUUUAGAAACAUCAAAACCCAGAGGAAUUCCAUAACAAAACACUUUGUUAAAAGAACCGAGCUUGAGUGCUUGGUUUUAGCAGGGUCCAGCAAAUACUCAUAAAACAAUAUUACACUUUCUAUAUAAACAUUCUGCGCCUUAAAAAAAAGAAGUGAAAAGUCUGGAAACAAAGGAAUUCAGCCACUUCUCAACCGCCAUAACAUCUUUCAUCACUCACUAUCACUCCAGCCAACUUAAACUUAGCCAAAAUAUAUGCCAAUCUCAAAAUAAUAAAUUACUAGCAGUUUAUAACAUCUAAACUCUCUGUUUCCUAGUCAGGGGUCUGUUUUCAAUAGACCCUUGCAGACUCAAAUAUUACAGCAAUUCUCACCAAAUAAAAAAGGAGGACUACGCAUGUCAGGUUUUUACAGCAUGAAAGUUAAAAAUGUAAACUUGCAACUGCUGCUUAUAUCCAUGAUCUUCUUUGAGGCCAGGACAGACAGAAAUCUGAGGUCAAAAGCAGACAGAAUUCCAGGUCUGCUCUUUAUUCUAACCCACUAACAUGAAGAGUUUUGCUGUAUGGUUACUGUUCAGUAUUCUGACCAGCACCAGUGGAGGGCACAGACCCUGCUCUGGGUGUGUGUGGCCUCCCUCUGGCUCUGCUUGCUCAGGCUGGCAGAGCUGUUCCCUUGCCAAGCAGGGAAGGGACAGCUCUUUGCCUCUCCUGCCUGUCAGCUGUCAUGUCUGUUUGAACAUAGGUCCUCAGCAGAAAAACUGCCCUCCACUGUGUGUUUGUACAGCACCUAUUGCCAGUGCAGUAACUGGAGUAAAGAUAAAAGAAAGCAGAUAUGGCAGUAAUCUUUGAUACAGAUCAAAAUGAUUGGGAAGAAGAAGCUAUUCUGAUAAAUCAACAAAUUGAUUCAUGCUAGUUAGGUUAGGUGCCAGAGUGAAUAGAAUGGGUCCCAUCAUCUGACUUGUUUGACUUGUUUGAUAUUUUUAGGGUAUUGGCUUUUUUGACAUAAACAACAAAAUGUUAUUUCACCCAAGAGUUUCCUGGAUCCCAUAGAAUUGCUUUUCAACUGGUGAUUUUCUCUGACUACAAUAACUUUGUUAAAAAUAACUCAACUUCUUUCGUGAACCUGGUCACCCACCAUCACUGAGUGUAAUGUCCAGGGCCAUUCAUUUGAGCUCUCUCAUCUUCAGUUGGGGGCCUGUAUUCAUAUUUACCAUUUUUUUUUCCUUAGCCUUCAGAAGAGCCAACUUUUAUUGUCUCAUAAACAUGUUAUCAGUAUCAGCAGAACUUGCAUAAUAAUUUUUUUCUUGUCUAGAGUUGGCAGAACAAUACAAUCAGUAAAAUUUGUGGUCAUGAAAGUUCUCCAGUCUGGCUUAUUCAUAGAAUAUGCUACUGAAUAUCUUCCACAGCAUGCAGCUGUAUUAGAGCACAAUGAAAAUGUCAUAACAUAAAGAUGUUAAAAAAAAAAAAA